AUGGAUCCAGCCACGGUCAUACAUCCUUCAGUGGGUACCUUCCUCGUCAUGUUGAUCCUCAGCAUCACUCCUCCGCUGAUAUCCACACCCGUCAUCACAACACCCCGUCCACCAUCUUUACACCUGGAGAGUCCUGGAGAUAUCCCUACCCCAGUGGAUCUGGUCUGUCCACAGUUACACUGGGCGAGUCCCAUUUGGAAUGUUUGUUCGUUAAUGAGGUAAUGGAUCUGGAUUCCGAGAGCCUUUUUUAAAUGUUAUAUUAUUAAACAGUGGUUAGGAUUUUGUCUUUACUGAGACGCCUUCUAGGUAAGAAAGUUGUUGAUAAGUUGAACCUUAAGUCCUUAGCUGUUCUGCAAUUAUGUAUGCAGUGAGAAUAGUUAAAUUUUGACUACUCAGUUAACCCGUGUAGAACAGUUGUUGUAAUAUAGAAAAAAAAAAACGACGCCGGAGAUUCGCUGAAAAAAAGCAUAAAAUAAUAUUGAGGGUUGAUUUGAAGAAGGCCCUAUUUAGCCGAUCACAAAAGAGGAGUCACGGUCGAGCGGAAAGUGCUCCACACUCAGUCCCGGGCUUGGCGCUCCUUCUAGGGCUUGGCGCUCGACUUUGUCUUCUUCCUUAGCGCUCGGCUAAAUAGGGAGCUUUUAAAAAGCAACGACGACGGCGACGUCAAGAGAAUAGGGACUUUAAGAUCCAACGACGCGGACGGCAACGAGAACGUCAAAAAAACAAUUGGUUUAAUAAGCAAAACAACAACUUCGCACGUGCAUCACGCUUUUUUGUACAUUUCUUUCCUGUUUUUGCACGACUACGACGUGAAAAUGCCUAAUUUNGCCACGGUCAUACAUCCUUCAGUGGGUACCUUCCUCGUCAUGUUGAUCCUCAGCAUCACUCCUCCGCUGAUAUCCACACCCGUCAUCACAACACCCCGUCCACCAUCUUUACACCUGGAGAGUCCUGGAGAUAUCCCUACCCCAGUGGAUCUGGUCUGUCCACAGUUACACUGGGCGAGUCCCAUUUGGAAUGUUUGUUCGUUAAUGAGGUAAUGGAUCUGGAUUCCGAGAGCCUUUUUUAAAUGUUAUAUUAUUAAACAGUGGUUAGGAUUUUGUCUUUACUGAGACGCCUUCUAGGUAAGAAAGUUGUUGAUAAGUUGAACCUUAAGUCCUUAGCUGUUCUGCAAUUAUGUAUGCAGUGAGAAUAGUUAAAUUUUGACUACUCAGUUAACCCGUGUAGAACAGUUGUUGUAAUAUAGAAAAAAAAAAACGACGCCGGAGAUUCGCUGAAAAAAAGCAUAAAAUAAUAUUGAGGGUUGAUUUGAAGAAGGCCCUAUUUAGCCGAUCACAAAAGAGGAGUCACGGUCGAGCGGAAAGUGCUCCACACUCAGUCCCGGGCUUGGCGCUCCUUCUAGGGCUUGGCGCUCGACUUUGUCUUCUUCCUUAGCGCUCGGCUAAAUAGGGAGCUUUUAAAAAGCAACGACGACGGCGACGUCAAGAGAAUAGGGACUUUAAGAUCCAACGACGCGGACGGCAACGAGAACGUCAAAAAAACAAUUGGUUUAAUAAGCAAAACAACAACUUCGCACGUGCAUCACGCUUUUUUGUACAUUUCUUUCCUGUUUUUGCACGACUACGACGUGAAAAUGCCUAAUUUUGCGUUUCAUGCAGGACGUAAACAAGCGACGAUGAAAUUUUAUUUCUCUUUCUGAGCUUGGAUAUAGUCACUUGAAAUUCAGCUUCAGGAGGGUUCGCCUACAUUUGACAAAGUAAGUGGGUAGGAAUAAUCACUAUAAAGACUGAAGGAACGCAAAUUCACUUUUUAAGCGACGUUCUCCUUGCCGUCGGGUCGUUGGAUCUUAAAGUCCCUAAUGGCAAUCAAACAACCACUUUGCACGUGCAUCACGCUUUUUUGUACAUUUUACGUUUGAAGGAAACAGUUAUUGCUUGACAAUCGUAUGAGGUUAUCAGCUUGUUUUCUUUCUUGUCUCCUCUCAAAUCCACAGACUGCGUCAGCGUUGCAGAGGAACACUCGCCCCAGUACUCACGAUUCACCCCUCCCUGUUUACGGUCAAGAAACCGUAAGACCAAUUCCAUUGCCUCACUAUCGUGCUGGUAAGGCUUCCUUUUUUUGUCUACUCCUGUCAAAACUACAACAAAAUUCUACAACUGAAUAAACACCGUGAAAGAUUUAAGCACUAAUAUGACAAUGUUUAAGGACUUCCGGCGCUUGAAGUUCUUAUUUUCCCUGUCGAAAAAUAGGCAAAUCCCAGUUCCCGUUUUUUGCCUUCCAAGGCUUUCUUACUGCCGAAAGUUUGCGUUUUUAUUGACCCAGACGAGAGAGGAAGGGUUAUUUCAUGGUCAAAAGAGAUUAUUUCUUCUAGCGGGACAACCGUGGGAAAUCACGAGCUAGCCAGGAUAGGAUUCGGUUUAUUUUGCCCGCUCGCGAAUUCAGUCGUAUUACAGAAAGCCCUAUAAAAUAAAAGUGGGUAAUAUGGCACCUUUUUCUCUUCUGUAAUCAUUACUUUUCCAAUUGUUUAUUUCCUCAUGUUUUGUUUCAGCAAAGUAUGUAAUAUUGCAUCGUGAAAAGAGGGUUUGUAACAUUGGAAAACGACGAAAUCUAGUUUAUGACUUAGUGGCUUUCGCUGUAUCAUCAUGUUACUUGUGGAAUUGUAAUUCCUUCUGUUGUUCCCUUUAGCGGAAGUUCCUAUUUCUGUGGCGCAUCGAUUCAGUGAAGACACAUCACUGUUCAGCACCCACCAUCACAGCGCCCCAUCCACCAUCUUUACCCCUGGAAGGUCCUUGGGUAGCGAACCGUAUCCCGGUGGUUCUGGUAUGUCUACCUUCACACAUCCGCCUGAAAUGCAGGAAUUUUGUUCCCCUCAUGGAACGUUGAGAAGACCACUGCAUGGAUUACAACCACAAACUACAAUUCCAUCGGCGUUUAAUCUUAGCGGUUUGGGUGUGUCUACAAUCACUCACCCGCUAAGAAUCCAAGAAGCGCCAACACCGUCACUCCAUGGAUUGCAAUACCAAAGUACGAUCCCAGAUGUUCCGAAUCUUGGUGGUUAUGGUUUAUCAACCGACGCCCUCCAACCACAAAUCCCAGAAUUACGUGCCUCGUAUGGAACGCCUAGUCCGUCACUGCAUGAAUUGCAACCGCACCAUACAUUUCCAGAUGCUUCUUAUCUUAGUGGUAGUGGCCUGUCUACAGUUACCCACCCACUAGGUCUCUCCGGACGUUCUUCCCCGUUUGGAACAAUAAGACCGCCACAGUAUGAGCUGCAACCGCAAAGUGUAAUUCCAGGCGAUCCGCAUCUUAGUGAUCCUGCUAGGUCUUCAGUCACACACCCGUCAGUAAUCCGUUUUCCCUCGUAUGGAACCCCAAGAACCCAACUGUAUGGACCGCAGCUGCAAAGUGUAAUUCCAGGCGAACCGCAUCGUAGGGUUCCCUUUGCGUCUUCCGUCACACAGCGGCCAGUAAUUCCCAGAAGUUUUUCUCCGUAUGGCACGCUGAGAUCACAUCCGCCUAGUUCUCAAAGUACAAUUUCAUUUAUGAGCGAGCACGAGCAAAAUGCGGACGAUGAAACUGAUAGGUCUUAA